CGCGAACGAGAACGAGUUAAAAAUUAUCUGCGCAUGCCCAGCAGCUAAAUUCGUGUUCUGCGCAUAGAAGAAUCCCCCACUCCACAGCAUAAAUUAAAUCAUUUCCGGCAUCUCCGAGCAUCGUUCUUUCCGUCCCUAACAGCGGCACGGAGAUCUUUGCUGCUUUUGUAACAUCUUACAACAACAACAAUCUAACAUCUUUUUUUCGGGACAGUAAAGCAUUACAACCCAAUUAAAUAUGACUUACAGUGGUGGUUCAUCUGGUGGAUACCGCAAUGGCGGAUCAGGAAAAGGAGGAGCUGGCCAACGUGGAAGUGCACCAUCGCGCAACGGCUUUGGGAGCGGUGGGGGUGCUGGCGGAGGUAAUAGAUUUGGUGGAGGCCGCGGAGGUAGCAACGGUGCAUCCGGUGGACGCUUCGGUGGCAACAAUCGCGCAAACAACAAUAAUCCAAAGACUGCUGGCAAUAGUUUGAAAAAACCAAACUGGGAUUACGAGAACUUGAAGCCUUUCAAAAAAGAUUUUUACAUUCCACAUUUAAAUGUUUCCAAGCGUAACUACAAUGAAAUUGACUCCUUCAGACAAGAGAAAGAAAUUACUCUUAAGGGAGAGAAAAUUCCACACCCAAUUCAAACUUUUGACGAGGGUAAUUUCCCAGACUACGUAAUGGAGGGAAUUAAGAAACAAGGCUUCACUGAGCCAACCGCAAUUCAAUCUCAAGGUUGGCCAAUCGCGAUGUCCGGUCGUAACAUGGUCGGUAUUGCACAGACAGGAUCUGGAAAAACUCUCGGCUACAUUUUACCUGCUAUCGUACACAUAAACAACCAGCAACCUCUGAACCGGGGUGAUGGUCCAAUCGCCCUAGUACUCGCUCCCACGAGAGAACUGGCCCAGCAAAUCCAGACUGUAGCCAACGACUUUGGUUCUCUAUCUUACGUCAGAAACACAUGUAUUUUCGGUGGAGCACCGAAAGGCGCACAAGCGCGUGACCUGGAACGCGGUGUCGAGAUCGUCAUUGCCACACCUGGAAGACUUAUUGAUUUUCUCGAGCGUGGCACAACCAAUCUGCGCAGGUGCACCUACUUGGUACUCGAUGAAGCUGAUCGCAUGUUGGACAUGGGUUUUGAACCCCAGAUAAGAAAAAUAAUUGAACAGAUCCGACCAGACAGACAAGUGCUCAUGUGGUCCGCCACCUGGCCAAAGGAAGUCAGAAUGCUAGCUGAAGAAUACCUCGUAGACUACACCCAAUUGAACAUUGGAUCUCUUUCCUUGUCAGCGAACCACAACAUCUUGCAAAUCGUGGAUGUAUGCCAAGAGCACGAGAAAGAGGCCAAAUUGGGAACAUUACUCCAAGAAAUUGGUAAUGUUAAUGACGAUGGCGGAAAAACAAUAAUAUUUGUGGAGACUAAGAAAAAAGUUGAAAACAUCACAAGAAAUAUUAGACGAUACGGCUGGCCCGCCGUAUGUAUGCAUGGAGACAAAUCUCAACAAGAACGUGAUUAUGUUCUUAGAGAGUUCAGAAACAAAAAGGGUUCGAUUCUUGUAGCAACAGACGUUGCUGCCCGUGGACUUGAUGUCGAUGACGUUAAGUAUGUGAUCAACUUCGACUAUCCAUCUUCGUCGGAAGAUUACAUUCACAGAAUCGGUAGAACAGGACGAUCACAAUCUACCGGAACAAGUUACGCUUUCUUCACACCACAAAACAGCCGACAAGCUAAAGAUUUAAUAAACGUACUCAAAGAAGCCAACCAGGUCAUUAACCCCAAGCUAACAGAGCUUGCCGGUAAGACUGGAGGACAUGGAGGCGGCUAUGGACAAAGAAAUCGUUGGGGAUACGGUGGUGGACGUGGAGGCGGACGGGAAAACACCUUCUCCGGAGUACACAAGAGAUUCGAAGACAGAAGCAACAACUACAACAACUACAGUUGAUUUGAUAAUAAUUAAAUAAAAUGACCGGAACGUUAACCAAAAUAUAAAUGCGUGGGGAUUUCAUUCGUCGUAUUCGAGAAUUUAAUUUCAAGUCUAAAGUCAAUUGGUCAUCUUCCCGCAUAGGUUACAAUGCGUUCGCGGUCAUCCUUUUUUUAAUAUUUAAAUUUUUUUCUAUUUAUAUAAAAUAAUUAGUUCGUUCACUUCGCCACGCGAUGGCAAUAAAUAAAAGAUAAAGUUCAAAUUUAGAGGUGGUGCGUUUAUCUCACUUUUUUUUUAUUUUUGUUUAAUACUAAAAACAAAUUAUGACGUUUGUUUUUACUCAGAACUUUGUUACAAAUAUCUAUUUUCGAAACAUAAGAACUGUUCGUUUUCAUUUAGUUUGAUACUUUUAAAUACAUUUAAAAGAUACUUCAGUAUUCAUUCCAAAUUAAUGGGAUGGCUUAAUGAUCCAUAUGAUCAUUAAUUAUCUUCUUUUGUUAUUAAAGUGUAUUCAAUUAUAAUAAUAAGAGUGGCGAAAGUAAAAAUAAAAUAUAUAUCAGAUAAAAUAUCACUUAAACAUUAACAA